UUUUUUUUGCUAAAAGUUUUUAAUUAUUAAUUUCUCUGGCCAGUCUUGGGUUGGAGGCUUUUCUACUGAAUAUGAAAUUUUAACAGCGAUUUAACGGUAUGUUCUAUCCAUUUUGUUGAUGGUAGACCAACGAAGGCUAACCCGGUUCCAACACUACAUAUGGGUUAUGAAAGUAAAGAGCCUACACCUGCACGGAGACCUCUUGUUAGGCGAAGUCUGUCGCUAAACACCCCUACCCAAGAUAAAGAAAAUGUUAUGACACCAUCCAAACAAGAUGAGAUUUUAACUGCUACGCCUCUUCUAAACCUGGAACAUAUUGACAGCACUGAAAACAUGGAAAUUCAGUCAACUAAUGAACAUACUGAGUGUAAAGCUGUGUGUUGUAAUAUGUAUCUGGAUUUAUGUAAAAACUACAAGAAGCCAAAAAUGGUGGAAACAAGCACUCAAACACUUGAUCCAAUUAAAUUAGACCACAUCUACAGUUGUUUGUAUGUAGAAAAAACAAAAACUGCAUCAACUCAGUGUUCAGCUCCAGAGUUUUCAGUUGACAGCAUAACAAAUGAUAAUGACAGCAAGUUUUAUACAGGUUUGAGCCUCACGGUGUUCAUGACAUUAGUGUCUACUUUAACAAAAUUCGGGAAAGAUCUUCCUUACAGAAUCAGCAUCCCAAAUCAGAUUCUUUUGGUACUGAUACGCCUCCGUCUAGCUCUGACAUUUAGUGACAUUGGAAGAAGAUUUGGUAUAUCUCAUCAGCUGACCAGUAAUAUAUUUAAUAAGUGGAUUGACAUUAUGUCAGAACAAUUAUCUUCUUUAGUUGUCUGGCUACCAAGAGAGACGAUAAGACGUACACUUCCAGCUUCAUUUAAAAAUUCGUACCCCAAAACGACAUGCAUUAUAGAUUGUUCCGAAAUAUAUAUACAAAGACCAUUUACAUUAAAAGCAAGAAACAAACUCAAGGUCAACUUAUAAAACUCAUAACACUGCAAAGUUUUUGAUAGCAAUAGCUCCAAGCGGCUUCAUUAUGUACAUCUCCCCUUUGUAUGGUGGGAGAGCUAGUGAUAAUUAUAUAACAAAAAACAGUGGGUUCUUGAACUUUUUAUUGCCGGGAGAUGAGGUUAUGGCAGAUCGAGGUUUUACUGUAGGGGAAGAACUGUGCUCGUAGGGUAAAACUGAAUAUCCCUGCAUUCAUGAAAGGCCGCACCCAGUUAUCCGCAGAGGAAACUAUAGAGUCAAGAAGAAUUGCUGCUGAACGCAUACAUGUGGAACGGGCAAUCAUGAGAUUUAAAUCUUACAAACUAAUGAACACUACACUGGGAAUUAAAACUCUUAAAAGGGGGGAUAAAACCAUUAAAGUUGUUGCUGCAUUGUGCAACAUGAGAGACCCUUUGAUUAAGGAUGAUGUUGAUAUCGAAGACUGAUUUGUUCUUUUCAAUGGAAUGUGAAACUAGGCUUUAAAAAUGGACAUGAAAAUAUCAAAGGCAUGUUUACUGAAAUUAAUGUAGUAUUUUAUUAACAAACAAGUUGACAAAAUGACAUGUACACAUGUAAUUAAAGCAAAGAUUUUUAUCAACAGUUUUUAUCAAAUACAUUAUAUAUGUACAUAGCGUCUGAUUCAUAUUGGCCGCAUCAGGCUAAAAAGGUCCUUAACAUUUAUAAAUGUUGUUAACGUAGAUGUAGAUGAAAAUCAUUUUAUGAAUUAAUCGAAAUCUGUGAGUAAAUUUAUAACAACGGCUCUUGAGAAGUUCCAUCAAAAUCUACUUUGUAGCAAAUAUUCUAUUCUCCAAAAUGUUACGAAAGCAAUUUAUAUUUUAUGUGAAGAAUUUCAUGUACUUACCAAGUAUGCAAAAAUGUAGAAAUGUCAUCAAAAUACUAUAAGGUCCCUUUUUGCUUGAUGCGGCUCAAUUAUAUAUGUAAAUAACAUAAUAUCAUAUUAUGAUCAACAAUGUUUCCUAACAGAAAUCCUAGAGACCUAAAUUCUUAUUUCGUGUGUCUAGAAUUUUUUUGGUAAUUUAGCCUAAUCUGCAGUCAACAUUCAUUGCUACAUAAACUGUAUUUCAUACUAUUUCAAUGUUUAGUUACAUGAAAUCACAAACAUUGGUUAUUAAGACUAAAUAAAACACACAAAUAGUUCUCUUU